GAAAGAGAGAGAGAGACAGGGAGACAGCCUCCAUCUCAAAGUCUCUCUCUAUAACCCACCCUUUCUCACUCUCCUCCUCCUCCGUCGUCCUCCAGCCGUCGCAGCCGAAAGACAGAAAACCCUAAAUCCUUCCCCGUCGCCAUGGAUCCCCAAUCCACCCAGCUCCAGCAGGCGCAGCUCGCGAUGGCCCUCGGCCCCGACCCCUCCCACUUCGAAGCCCUAAUCACCCACCUCAUGUCCUCCUCCAACGAGCUCCGAUCCCAGGCCGAGUCCCUCUUCAACCUCGCCAAGCAGACCGAUCCCAACUCCCUCUCCCUCAAGCUCGCCCACCUCCUCCACGGCUGCCCCCACGUCGAGCUCCGCGCCAUGUCCGCCAUCCUCCUCCGCAAGCUCCUCACCCGCGACGACUCCUACAUCUACCCACGCCUCACCCCGCAGACCCAGUCCUCCCUCAAGUCCGUCCUCCUCACCUCGAUUCAGCGCGAGGAGGCCAAGACCAUCACCAAGAAGCUCUGCGACACCGUCUCCGAGCUCGCCUCCGGGAUCCUCCCCGACAACGGCUGGCCGGAGCUGCUCCCCUUCAUGUUCCAGUGCGUCUCCUCGGACGCCCCGAAGCUGCAGGAGGCCGCCUUCCUGAUAUUCGCCCAGCUCGCCCAGUACAUCGGCGACUCCUUGACCCCGUACAUCAAGGAGCUGCACGGCGUGUUCUUGCAGUGCCUGAGUUCCUCCAAGAAUCCCGAUGUCAAGAUCGCCGCCCUGAAUGCCGUUAUCAAUUUUAUCCAGUGUUUGUCGAAUUCUUCGGAUCGCGACAGAUUUCAGGAUUUGUUGCCGGUGAUGAUGCACACCUUGACCGAGGCACUAAAUAAUGGCAACGAGGCAACUGCACAGGAAGCACUUGAAUUGUUAAUUGAAUUAGCUGGAACAGAGCCGCGGUUCUUGAGGAGGCAAUUAGUGGAAGUGGUCGGUUCUAUGCUGCAGAUCGCGGAGGCUGAAUCAUUGGAAGAAGGCACAAGACACUUGGCAAUUGAGUUUGUGAUUACCCUUGCCGAGGCUAGGGAGCGGGCACCUGGAAUGAUGAGGAAAUUGCCGCAAUUUAUAAGUAGACUUUUUGCAAUUCUGAUGAAGAUGCUUUUGGAUAUUGAAGAUGACCCGAUUUGGCAUAGCGCAGAGAGUGAAGACGAGGAUGCAGGGGAGAGCAGUAAUUAUAGUGUGGGGCAGGAAUGCUUGGAUCGACUGUCCAUCUCACUUGGUGGAAACACCAUUAUUCCCGUUGCUUCUGAACAAUUGCCUGCAUACUUGGCUGCUCCUGAGUGGGAGAAGCAUCACGCUGCCUUGAUAGCAAUUGCCCAGAUUGCAGAGGGUUGUUCAAAGGUAAUGAUAAAGAAUUUGGAGAGAGUUGUUUCAAUGGUUUUAAGCUCUUUUCAAGAUCCACACCCUCGUGUAAGGUGGGCAGCGAUCAAUGCGGUUGGGCAGUUGUCCACCGACCUAGGCCCAGACCUGCAGGAGCAAUACCAUCAGCAGGUCCUGCCAGCACUUGCUGGUGCUAUGGAUGACUUUCAGAAUCCUCGUGUACAGGCUCAUGCUGCUUCUGCUAUACUUAACUUCAGUGAGAACUGUACUGCUGCUAUAUUGAUGCCCUACUUGGACGGAAUUGUGAGCAAACUGCUUGUGCUUCUACAGAAUGGGAAACAAAUGGUGCAAGAGGGUGCAUUGACCGCAUUGGCUUCUGUUGCUGAUUCCUCUCAGGAGCAAUUCCAAAAGUACUAUGAUGCGGUCAUGCCUUAUUUGAAAAAUAUCUUGGUCAAUGCAACUGACAAGUCUAACCGAAUGCUUCGUGCCAAAGCAAUGGAAUGCAUUAGUUUGGUUGGGAUGGCUGUUGGAAAAGAGAAAUUCAGGGAUGACGCUAUACAGGUUAUGGAUGUGCUUAUGGCAUUGCAAAGAUCACAGAUGGAGACAGAUGAUCCAACAACGAGCUAUAUGCUGCAAGCUUGGGCUAGGCUUUGCAAGUGCUUGGGGCAAGAUUUCCUUCCUUACAUGAAAGUCGUUAUGCCCCCUUUGCUUCAGUCUGCUCAACUCAAGCCUGAUGUGACAAUCACGUCCGCAGAUUCUGAUAAUGAUAUUGAUGAAUCUGAUGAUGAGGGAAUGGAGACUAUAACUCUUGGAGAUAAAAGAAUAGGAAUAAAAACCAGUGUCUUGGAAGAGAAGGCGACAGCUUGCAACAUGUUGUGUUGCUAUGCCGACGAGUUAAAAGAAGGGUUUUUUCCAUGGAUUGAGCAGGUUGCUCCGACUUUAGUUCCACUUCUCAAAUUUUAUUUUCACGAAGAUGUUAGGAAAGCAGCUGUUUCUGCGAUGCCAGAGUUACUUCGUUCCGCAAAAUUAGCUGUUGAGAAAGGGUUAGCACAAGGUCAUAACGAAACCUACGUAAAGCAACUAUCUGAUUACAUCAUUCCAGCUUUGGUGGAGGCUAUUCCCAAGGAACCCGACACAGAGAUCUGUGCGAGUAUGUUGGAUGCAUUAAAUGAGUGUUUACAGAUUUCAGGCACACUUUUGGACGAAAAUCAAGUCAGAUCGAUUGUUGAUGAGAUUAAACAAGUGAUUACUGCUAGCUCUAGUAGAAAAAGAGAAAGAGCGGAGCGUGCUAAAGCUGAAGAUUUUGAUGCAGAAGAAGGCGAGUUGCUUAAAGAGGAGAAUGAGGCGGAGGAAGAAGUUUUUGAACAAGUUGGUGAGAUUUUGGGCACUAUGGUUAAAACAUUCAAGACAUCUUUCUUGCCUUUCUUCGACGAGCUGUCAUCGUACCUAACGCCCAUGUGGGGCAAAGAUAAGACUGCCGAAGAGAGGAGAAUCGCUAUAUGCAUUUUUGAUGAUGUUGCUGAACAGUGUCGCGAAACAGCUCUUAAAUAUUAUGAUACCUAUCUCCCUUUCCUUUUGGAGGCUUGCAACGAUGAAAAUCCAGAUGUCCGACAGGCUGCUGUCUAUGGAUUGGGGGUUUGUGCAGAGUUUGGCAGUUCCGUCUUCAAACCUCUUGUUGGAGAGGCUCUUUCAAGGCUAAAUGUUGUGAUACGUGAUCCCAACGCUCUGCAACCUGAUAAUGUAAUGGCAUAUGAUAAUGCUGUCUCUGCUCUGGGAAAAAUAUGCCAAUAUCACCGUGAUAGCAUUGAUUCUUCUCAGGUUGUUCCAGCAUGGUUAAAUUGCUUGCCCAUAAAAGGUGAUGUAAUCGAGGCCAAAGUUGUCCAUGAUAUGCUUUGUUCAAUGGUGGAAAGAUCUGAUAGAGAACUCUUGGGCCCUAACAAUCAGUAUCUUCCUAAGAUUAUAACGGUGUUUGCAGAGGUUUUGUGUGGGAAGGAUCUAGCUACUGAACAAACUGCAAACCGGAUGGUCAGUCUGUUAAGGCAACUACAACAAACUUUGCCACCAUCAGCCUUGGCCUCGACAUGGUCAUCUUUGCAGCCCCAACAACAGCUUGCUUUGCAAUCAAUCCUCUCUUCGUAGAGCUGGCAAAAAGAGGUUGACAAGUUGCUCUUCUCAAGGAUUGCUGUCCAGUCAGUGUGUCGAAUAUAUGCAUUUGUUACCCAUUCUUUUCCAUAAAUGGUCGCCAUUGCAUGAUGCUUCAGAGCAUUCCUGCGUGAUUGAGUGUGGGAGUCGCCUCUACCAGUGAACUUUUUUUCCCUGUAGCAUGUGUAUAGUGCAAGCAUCAAGUCAUACUUCAGUUUGAGUCCCAUACCGUGCCAUGAAAAGGAUCAACAUCCCUUUGGUGCAUGCGGUUUUGAGGAUUGUCUGGCAGGCAAUUCUUGUGGCAGUUUUGGUCGCAUUUUGUUUUUUGUGUAGUUGUCCCGUGUUUCAGCUCAUACUUGAUGGUAUAUUGUAUCGACUGGAAACCAUGAAUGGUAAUUCUUUCAUUGGGUCUGCACCUUGUAUUUGAACUAGGCUGGUGGGGGCUGGUGUUGCUUCUUGAAAUUUUGUGAAGAAUUAAAUUAUAGAGUCGAGGAUUUUGAGUUUUGGUAUACAAUGUGGAGUCCCACUAAA